AUGCGAUCGGUACCGGCUCUGCCUCGCAAGUUACUCACACUGGCGCUCAUUGUGCGUGACGGCGCUGCUGCCGCACAUGGCGAGCAGCAGGUGCUGUUGGGUCUGAAGAAACGAGGCUUUGGCGCGGGCAAGUGGAAUGGAUUUGGAGGCAAAGUCGAGUCGACAGACGCGAGUAUUGCAGCAGCAGCGGCGAGGGAGGUGCAGGAAGAAGCCAAUGUGCACGUCCAGAGCGAGGAUUUCGAACCGCGUGGUGUGUUGCUAUUCUCGUUCGAGAAGCACAUAGAGGUGUUGGAAGUGCACGUGUUUCUGACGCAACACUUCUCGGGCGAGCCGUCCGAGAGCGAGGAGAUGAAGCCGCAGUGGGUCAGCGUCUCUCAAAUCCCAUUUGAAAACAUGUGGGCAGACGACGUGUUUUGGCUACCACACGUGCUGAGCGGCAAGAGCGUGCAAGGCCACUUUCACUUUGCCGCGGAUGAAGAGUCGGUGCUGGACUACGAGCUCAAGUGUCGCAAUAGCAUAGAAUGA